UUAAUGUAUGCUUUCGGGUUUGGAAUAAGCAUUGGAGGUCUAAGUUCCUUUUAUUCUGAGCUAAUGAAAGGACUGGGUGCUGGUGGACGUCUGUGGGAACUUAUUGAAAGGAAGCCCCAGCUUCCAUUUAAUGAGGGAGUCACAUUGGGCAAAGACACAUUCAGAGGUGCUUUGGAAUUCAAGGACAUUGAGUUUGCAUAUCCAACACGUCCAGAAACAUCCAUUUUCAAAGAUUUUAGUCUUUCCAUUCCAGCUGGCUCUGUUAUGGCUCUGGUUGCAAGUGGUACAGGGAAAUCGACUAUUGUAUCCCUUCUGCUGAGGCUGUAUGAUCCUAUCUCAGGUACUAUCACCGUUGAUGGCUUUGAUAUCCGUCAGUUAAAUCCAUUGUGGUUCAGAACAAAGAUUGGAACAGUGAGUCAGGAACCAAUUCUGUUCUCCUGUUCCAUUGCUGAAAAUAUUGCCUAUGGUGCAGAGGAUCCUUCUACGGUGACUGCAAAGGAGAUUCACAAAGUUGCUGAAAUAGCUAAUGCUGCUAGUUUUAUCAGAGAUUUUCCAAACGGAUUUGACACACUAGUUGGAGAAAAAGGCGUCUUGCUUUCAGGUGGACAGAAGCAACGAAUUGCAAUAGCUCGAGCUCUGCUCAAGAAUCCUAAAAUUCUUCUGUUAGAUGAAGCAACAAGUGCUUUGGAUGCUGAGAAUGAGUAUCUAGUGCAAGAAGCUCUGGACCGGCUGAUGGAAGGGAGGACAGUCCUAAUUAUUGCUCAUCGUCUGUCGACUAUUCAGAAUGCUGAUUUCGUUGCAGUUCUUGGCGAGGGCAAAAUUCUUGAAUGCGGAAAACAUGAUGAACUACUUGCAAAUCCAAAUGGACUUUUCAGGAAACUAAUGCAGAAACAAGCUUUUCUUCAGAAUAGUGAUGCUUUUGCAUUAGAUUUACAACCCAGAGAAAAGGGUGUAUUAAAAGAAAAUGUAUGAGAGAAUAUGUGAAUAAUGGAAGCUUACAAACUACAAAGAAUAUAACUUAUGUUUCACUUAUGUAAAGUAAAUGUUAUAUUUUUCCAAAAUGUACAAAAUAUUCUUUUGAAACUUAAAUGUGUUUAAUUUUUUUAUGGAAAGCUUUUUAAUAAUUAUUGCAGCUUUUUAAAAUGUCUAUCAUAUUGAGAUAAUUUCAGUAUAUGGAUUUUUCUGCUUUUUGUUGAGACCAUUUAGAAUCUUGUUUGCUGUAAUGCACUGUAUGUUGGUGUGCUGCAUUCGGUAUUUUAAGGGUAAUUAAAUGACAAUCUUAUCAUUUUCAUAAUCAUUCUCUUCCCUUUUCAAGAAACUUUUGAUUUCUGUGGUUGUCAGUAGUCUUAAAAUGCACGACACUAAUGUACUCU